UGAAAAGUCCCACCCCUAGCCAAAACUGUUUAUUGUAUGCCGGUGUUACUCGUUUUUGAGACUUUGAGUGUUUGAGUAAUUGAGUUCGCUUUAUACCUGCUAUGCACUCGUAAUUUGUAAUUACUCGUAUGUAAAGGUAAGUCUGUAGUUAGAUUUUUUUAUUUUUUUAUUUUUUAUUUUAUGACAGGAAGUCUGUAGUUAGAUUAGAAACACAAACAUAUUUGUUUACAUCCUUUCCUCAUCUAGCAUCUCUCUCUGACUCUCCCAUCUUCUAAUUCAAUCAAAAUCACAAAACCCCUAAUUUUUCUUUCCUGAAUUCCCAAUUCUACUACUUCUUCAAUCAAUCUUAUGAUUCCCUCUUUUCUUCUUCCCCAAUUCAAACCCUAAUCACUUUUCCACUCUCUCUCCCCCCCCAAUUCACCAUUCUUGGGAGGAGAGAACCUUUCAACAAUGGUGGAAAUUUCACCCUCUUUACCUCCUCCAUCCUUCGACGACUUCACAUGGUACGGCAACAUCCAGUACCUUCUCAACAUCUCCGCAAUCGGAGCUCUUUCAUGUCUUUGCAUCUUCCUUCUUGUUAAGCUGCGCAGCGAUCACCGCCGUAUUCCCGGCCCUUUCUCUCUCCUGUCGAAGCUCCUCGCUGUUUGGCACGCCACUGCGCGCGAGAUCGCGCUCCAUUGUGGCGCUGAUGCAUCACAAUUUCUCGUUAUUGAAGGCGGUACCUUUGCCACCCUCUCUGCUACUUCUAUUGUUGCUUUGUUUGCGAUUUUGCUCAAUAUCUAUGCAGGGAAUGCGGCGAUGGAUGAUGUUUUCUCGAAAACGACGAUUACCCAUAUCGCGAAAGGUUCGUUUCCUUUGUGGGUUCAUUUUGUUUUCAUGGUUUGUAUUGUGUAUUUGGUGCAUAGAGGUGUUUUUAAGAUUGAGGAAUGGUUGAAGUUCACUAGGUUUAGAGACGGUUAUGGAAAUCCUAGUGACCCUAGUGCGAUUUCGAGUGCGAUUUUUACUAUUAUGGUGCAGGGUGUGCCUAAGAGCUUGGCUACUGAUAAGACUCCCUUUGAGGAGUAUUUUCAGUUUAAGUAUCCUGGGAAGGUUUAUAGGGUGAUUGUUCCUAUGGAUUUGUCUAAUUUGGAUGAUUUAGUGGAGGAUUUGGUUAGGGUUAGGGACGAUAUUUCAAAGUUAGUGGGAAAGAUGGAUGCUCGUUUCGUGUAUGGUGAGGACGAAGAGGAGGGUGAGUAUAUGGGAUAUUAUGAGGGAGGGGAUGGUGUUUGGGGGAAGGUGAAGGGGCUGUGGGGGGAGGUGUGUGAUAGAUUGGGUUGGACCGAUGAGAAGAGGUUGAGGAGGUUGCAGGAGUUGAGAGCUGAUCUCGAGACUCAGGUGGCUGCGUAUAAGGAAGGCGCAGGACCAGGAGCAGGGGUUGCUUUUGUGGUUUUUAAGGAUGUGUAUACUGCAAACAAGGCUGUUCAGGAUUUUAGGACGGAGAAGCGAAUGAGGAUUGGGAGGUUCUUUUCGUUAACUGAGUUGCAGCUGCAAAGGAGUCAGUGGAGAGUGGAACGAGCGCCUUUGGCAACUGAUAUUUAUUGGCGUCACUUAGGUUCAACAAAAGUAUCUUUGAAAUUACGGAGGGUUAUUGUGAAUACCCUUUUGUUAUUGAUGCUCUUGUUCUUCAGCUCCCCUCUUGCUGUGAUAUCUGCUUUACAGAGGGCAGGAAGGAUUAUCAAUGCAGAAGCCAUGGAUAAUGCUGAAUCAUGGUUAUCUUGGCUGCAAAGCUCAAGUUGGAUCGCAGCAAUAUUCCUUCAGUUCUUGCCUAAUGUGCUUGUGUUUGUGAGCAUGUAUAUAUUAAUCCCAGCAGCUUUGUCCUACCUCUCCAAGUUUGAAAAGCACCUUACAGUUUCAGGGGAACAAAAGGCAGCACUGAUCAAAAUGGUUUGCUUCUUUUUGGUAAACCUAAUAGUUUUAAGGGGUUUGGUUGAGUCUUCUCUUGAGAGCACAAUCCUGAGCAUGGGGCGAUGUUAUUUGGAUGGGGAAGAUUGCAAGCGGAUUGAGCAGUAUAUGAGUGCUUCCUUUUUGGCUAAAUCAUGCCUUUCGUCGCUUGCAUUUCUGAUUACUUGCACUUUCCUGGGUAUAUCUGUUGAUUUACUUACGCCAAUUCCAUGGAUAAAGAGGAAUCUGCAGAAGUUUCGGAAGAAUGACAUGCUUCAACUAGUACCUGAACACACUGAAGACUAUCCGCUAGAAUCCGAUGUAAUUGAUACCCUUCGCAGACCUUUGAUCCCCGAAGAAGAAUUUGAGCCUGCAGUUAGAAAUGGUGGAAGGUUGAAUGUGAUUGAUUUACAGGGACAUGAUCUCUCUGUCUAUCCAGUUAGCGGAGCUUCAUCCAUGCCUAAGCAAAACUUCGAUUUUGCUCUGUAUUAUGCUUUUAACCUCACCAUAUUUGCCCUUACAAUGAUCUACUCCUCAUUUGCUCCUCUUGUGGUUCCAGUUGGUGCUAUUUACUUUGGUUACAGGUACAUGGUCGAUAAGUACAACUUCUUAUUUGUUUACCGAGUUCGGGGUUUUCCUGCUGGUAACGAUGGUAAACUGAUGGAUACAGUAUUAUCAAUCAUGCGUUUCUGUGUGGAUCUUUAUCUGAUCUCUAUGCUCAUCUUCUUUUCAAUCCAUGGGGACUUGAUGAAGCUACAAGCAAUAUUCACUCUGGGCGUUAUGGUGAUGUAUAAACUGUUACCAUCAGUAAGUGAUGGCUUUCAGCCUGCUAUCUUACAAGAUGUCCAAACUGUUGAUCGUGUUUUGGAAGGGCCGAUUGAUUACGAGGUGUUCUCACAACCUAGGUUUGAUUGGGAUACAAUUUAUAGUUGAUACGAGGUUUCAACACUUGCAGAUUGAAUUCCUCUUGUUCAUAAUGUGUAAAUCUGUCACGGGUUUGCAAGUGAGUACACGGUUACUACUUUUUUGGUUCAUGUACAUAAUUCUUAUUGCUUAUUCAGAUAUAUUCUUUUUUA